GCAAGGGACACGGUGGCCGCCAAGUGGGGCUGCCCGUCGGGCUCCCGUCUGGGAUAGAGCGCUGGGGCUGCGCCGAGGGAGUGGGACGUCGCGGUUGGCCCGGUCUGGAAAGGCCGGCUGUCCUCCCUCCGCUGCCGAAAGUAAACUUUCCUGCUUCAUCCGCGGCGCUUCUGAGCGCUCGCCGCGUUCCGGGGCGCGAGGUCCGGAGCCGUCGUGCGUCAGGGCCUCACUCCCACUCCUGCGUGGGGCCUCCGCGCCAUGGACGCGACGGCGCUGGAGCGAGAUGCCGUGCAGUUCGCGCGGCUGGCGGUGCAGCGCGACCACGAAGGCCGCUACUCGGAGGCAGUGUUUUACUACAAGGAAGCUGCACAAGCCUUAAUUUAUGCUGAGAUGGCAGGAUCAAGCUUAGAACAUAUUCAAGAAAAAAUAAAUGAGUAUCUGGAAAGAGUUCAGGCUCUACAUUCAGCAGUUCAGUCAAAGAGUGCUGGUCCUUUGAAAUCAAAACAUCAGUUGGACUUAGAGCGUGCCCACUUCCUUGUUACACAAGCUUUUGAUGAAGAUGAAAAAGGGAAUGUUGAAGAUGCUAUAGAAUUAUAUACAGAAGCUGUGGAUCUCUGUCUGAAAACCUCUUAUGAAACUGCUGAUAAAACCCUGCAAAAUAAACUGAAACAGUUGGCUCGACAGGCACUAGAUAGAGCAGAAGGUUUGAGUGAGCCUUUGACAAAGCCAUUUUGCAAAAUCAAGUCAACGAAUAUUAAACCAAAGUCACCUCCAGUGAGAGCACAUUUUCCACUAGGAACUAAUAAUCCCUUCCUUGAAAGACCUCAGCCAUUUAUAAGUCCACAGUCGUGUGAUGCACAAGGACAGAGAUACACAGCAGAAGAAAUAGAAGUGCUCAGAACAACAUCAAAAAUAAACGGUAUAGAAUAUGUUCCUUUCAUGAAUGUUGAUCUGAGGGAACGUUUUGCCUAUCCAAUGCCUUUCUGUGAUAGAUUGGGCAAGCUACCAUUAUCACCUAAACAAAAAACCACGUUUUCCAAAUGGGUACGACCAGAAGACCUUACCAACAAUCCUACAAUGAUAUAUACUGUAUCCAGUUUUAGCAUAAAGCAGACAAUAGUAUCAGAUUGUUCCUUUGUGGCAUCACUGGCUAUCAGUGCAGCUUAUGAAAGACGAUUUAAUAAGAAGUUGAUUACCAGCAUAAUUUACCCUCAAAAUAAGGAUGGUGAACCGGAAUACAAUCCAUGUGGAAAGUAUAUGGUAAAACUUCACCUCAAUGGUGUCCCAAGAAAGGUGAUAAUUGAUGACCAAUUACCUGUUGAUCAUAAGGGAGAAUUGCUCUGUUCUUAUUCCAACAACAAAAGUGAAUUAUGGGUUUCUCUCAUAGAAAAAGCAUACAUGAAAGUCAUGGGAGGAUAUGAUUUCCCAGGAUCCAACUCAAAUAUUGAUCUUCAUGCACUGACUGGGUGGAUACCAGAGAGGAUUGCUAUGCAUUCAGAUAGCCAAACUUUCAGUAAGGAUAAUUCUUUCAGAAUGCUCUAUCAAAGGUUUCACAAAGGGGAUGUCCUCAUCACUGCAUCAACAGGAAUGAUGACCGAAGCUGAAGGAGAAAAGUGGGGCCUGGUUCCCACACAUGCAUAUGCUGUUUUGGAUAUUAGAGAGUUCAAGGGGCUUCGAUUUAUCCAAUUGAAAAAUCCUUGGAGUCAUUUACGUUGGAAAGGAAGAUACAGUGAAAAUGAUGUAAAAAACUGGACUCCAGAGUUGCAAAAGUAUUUAAACUUUGAUCCCCGAACAGCUCAGAAAAUAGACAAUGGGAUAUUUUGGAUUUCCUGGGAUGAUCUCUGCCAGUAUUAUGAUGUGAUUUAUUUGAGUUGGAAUCCAGGUCUUUUUAAAGAAUCAACAUGUAUUCACAGUACUUGGGAUGCUAAGCAAGGACCUGUGAAAGAUGCCUAUAGCCUGGCCAACAACCCCCAGUACAAACUUGAGGUGCAGUGUCCACAAGGGGGCGCUGCAGUGUGGAUUUUGCUCAGUAGACACAUAACAGACAAGGAUGAUUUUGCCAAUAAUAGAGAAUUUAUCACAAUGGUUGUAUACAAGACUGAUGGGAAAAAAGUUUAUUAUCCAGCUGACCCACCUCCAUACAUUGAUGGGAUUCGAAUCAAUAGCCCUCAUUAUUUGACUAAGAUAAAGCUGACCACACCUGGGACCCACACCUUUACAUUAGUGGUUUCUCAGUAUGAAAAACAGAACACAAUCCAUUACACAGUUCGGGUAUAUUCAGCAUGCAGCUUUAGUUUUUCAAAGAUUCCUUCACCAUACACCUUAUCAAAACGGAUUAAUGGAAAGUGGAGUGGUCAGAGUGCUGGAGGAUGUGGAAAUUUCCAAGAGACGCACAAAAAUAACCCCAUCUACCAAUUCCAUCUAGAAAAGGUUGGGCCAUUACUGAUUGAGCUAAGAGGACCAAGGCAGUACAGUGUCGGAUUUGAGGUUGUAACAGUUUCUAUGGUGGGAGAUCCUGGUCCCCAUGGCUUUCAGCGGAAAUCUAGUGGAGAUUAUAGGUGUGGGUUUUGCUAUCUAGAAUUAGAAAAUAUACCUGCUGGGAUCUUCAAUAUCAUUCCCAGUACUUUUUUGCCUAAACAAGAAGGACCAUUUUUCUUGGACUUUAAUAGUAUAACCCCCAUCAAGACAACACAACUUCAGUGACGGAGAAUUCUCAGCAAUUACUGGAUUUUAUAACUUACCAAACAUCAACUCUUCGAAUGAGGACACAGAUUUUCAGGACAAUAGACACAACAAUCAGAACAGAAUUAAAUCUCUAAAAACUGAUUACAGUGGAAUCUGGUGCUUGUCAGGGUGUUUGGUAAGAAUUGUAUAUAGUCAGAAUUACCUAAGUCGCCUAGAAGUACUGUUUAUAUGGUUUUGUGUAUAUAUAGAAUUGGCUUGUAUUUAGGGGCCACUUUCUAUUAAAAAGUGCAUAUGAUUAAAGAUUAGACUCAGUCAUCACUGUGAGAUUCCUUUGCUGAGAGGACAAUGGAACUGAGACCAGAUGAGGGAAGUGAGGGACAUAGACUCAUUGAGUGGAAUGGUGGGCUAGUUUAAUAUCUUGAAAUAUUUACACAGUUUCUCUUUUUUGCAAAGCAUGUUUUAAGUUAAGCCUGCUCGUGUUGACGCUAGUGUACAUCUUGGGCAGCUAAUUACCAAAUGAAUCAUGACACUGUAACUAGUUUUAAUUUUGCAUUAUUUAUGGCUUUAAAUGUUUGUUGCCCAGAUGUUAUGAAAGAAUAAAGUUUUAAGUACUAAUUAACUUAGCAUGAAGAUGCUAUACUUAAGAAUGAAAGUUGUUGAGGUUAGAUGAUCCCAUUGAAUCAUGUAGAAGCACUGAGGUAUAUUCAACUGUUGCAGUUUGUAUUUAUCAGGUUGAUGAAAGUAGUAAUUUGAGACACUGAAGACAUUACAAUUUAGUUUGAAUAGUCUUUUUUAAAUUGCUCUGUAGUUCAGUGCUCUUGUGGUAACAGCACCUUGAAGAAAAUAGUUGAGAAUUUAAUAUAUGGUGAUUGGGUUAUACAGCAUUCAGAAAAAGUGAAUUGCCAAGAUAAUAGUGUCAUGUAAAUUCCCAGUUUAUAUAAAAACCCCUCAGUACAGAAAAAUGCUCAAGAUUUUAAAGGUCUGAAAAUAGGGUGGGAUUUUUCAUUGUCUCUACUUUAUAAUUAUCAGAACUUCUUAUUUUGUAUUUCUACUGCCUUUAAUUGAAAUAAAAUGUUUAUACUUAUG